AUAAACUGUAGUAUUGUAUUGAUAUUUAUUAUAAUAAAUAUAUAAUAUUAUUAACAUAUUAUAUUAUAUAAGUAUAUCUACCUACAUUUACGUAUUAUAUUAAUAAAAUAAUAAUAUGAUACAUCAGUUAUUUUGUCGUGUCAGUGUCACUUGUAAUUAAUAUUCGUAAUCGUCUUAACGUUGUUUUCGCUACGGUAAAGUAUCUCAUUGCUCGCAGUCUUCAAUAAUUCUAUCGUUAUCCGUUAGUCGUUACUCGCGCGCGCGCACAACUGCUACCUCAGUAUGUACUGUCGUGUAUGAUACUGGAAAAUUAGACUACAACGUUUAGCGCCAGUAUCCUUGUCCACCUACGGUUCCGUGAACGUAUUGAUAAGGACAUAAGGCGUUUCGCAGUUUUCAUUACCAUUUACCGACGAUUUAUCGCGUGUAUUAUCCGCCGCCGCCGAAAUGGACAAGAGGAAGUUGUCAACGUCUGGAGAUUCUCUUUAUGUUACCCUGAGUUUAGCAAAAACAGCAGAAACAGAAGAAAUUAAGAAAACUUAUCGAAAACUUGCAUUAAAAUUUCAUCCAGAUAAGAAUACUGGUAACCCAGAAGCAGAAGAAAAGUUCAAAGAAAUCAAUAAGGCGUAUAGAAUAUUGACGGAUCCAAGCAAACGUAAUAUAUACGACAAUUAUGGUUCUCUUGGAUUGUAUAUUGCGGAGCAGUUUGGCGAGGAGAAUGUCAAUGCUUAUUUCUUUGUCACUUCAAAAUGGUGCAAGGCUUUAAUAAUUGGAUCUUGUAUAGUUACUGGAUGUUGCUGUUGUUUCUGUUGUUGUUGUUGUUGUAAUUUCUGUUUUGGAAAGUUUAAGCCAAAUGUACCUGAAGAUCAACAAGCAAAUUAUACAAAUUUACAUAACGAUGGAGCAAAUUCAAAUAUAGAUGGUAUACAUAAAAAGGAGGAUAGUGAAGAUGAUGUUAUAGUGAAUCAACCAUCUUCUACAAACAAUGCUACUGGAGGUGCAGCACAGCAUAGUAACGCGUUUGCCAUGCCGCCACCGCCUUCAGCCAACGAGACUACUGCACUGAAUCCAGAUGGUACUCCUACAAAGUACUCUGCAAGCAAAUAAAUUUUCUUUGAGUCAUUAAAGCCCGUCCCUUCAGACACAUAAUUCUCAAGUAUGACAGAGUAAUUGUCUUCAAUUACUGUUUUCCGGUGGAUUUUUUUCACAGAGCAUUACAAUAAAUCAAUUUUUUCAUAUUCAUUAAUCACAUUUUUAAAUUUCAAGAUGAUUUUAAUAUUUUGAUUAGUUGUAUAAAAAUGUACUACCAAUAAGUGUGUACGUAUAAAUUUUCCUUGUGUGUUUUUCUCCUAUAGCUUUUACAUGUAUUUAAUUAUGCAUAGUUAAUAACUAAAUAAAUAUAAUAUUAUUAUGUAAACCUGUUUCAAAAUGUGCCAGUUUUUUUUUUUUAAUUCUUUUAUAUAGAUUCUUAUAAAAAAAUAAUAUAACUGCUUUAAUUAAAUCAAUUAUAUGAUUUGAACUAUGUAGAAAUUUGUUUUAUUCAUUACAAAUAAAAGAAAACAAACUUACACUUAUCGACUGAAUUUCCAAUAUACACACACACAACUAAAUUAAAUUUGUUUUUAUUAUACUUUGUGAAUAUUUAUACAAUGUUGAACAACUUAUCCUAACAGGGCAAUUUGGUUAAUACUUUAUAUUAGUUCUAAUAUAUAUAUACAUAAUAGAUAUUAGUCACAAAUACAUCAAGUCAUUUAUAAUAAUUUAGAUUUUUUUUAUUUUAAUGUUUUUUGGCAUGUGAUUUAUUCUAUUUUAAUCUAGCCUAAUUUGAUAUUAAGAAAUACCUAUUUUAAAUGUAUAAUUACAUUUUAAUCAUUAACAUUAUUCAUAGCUUAUAAUUAUACAAUUAUUCAUUAAUCAUUUUAAUAUGAUACAAUAAUAAUCUAUUCAGUUUUACAUAUUUUGUUUAUUAUUGUAUUUGCUACUUGUUAAAGAAAAAACCUGUGUUCGUGAACAAUUCGUUCUGAUUUUUUAUGUUAAUUAUUAUUUUUAUAAUUAUUUUUUAAAGUUUUGUUUACACAAAGAAAAUAAUUAGUGAUAGCCAAUAUUAAUUAUUCUACUGAUUCUAUAUAAACAAAGUGAGAUAUAUUAGAGAUAACAUUAUCUUGUAUAUUUUUUUUUUGUUCAUAGAUACUCUGUUUUAAAAUAUAAUUAUUUCAUUUAUACAUUAAUAUUCUGUGACUUGUGUUAUUUAAUAGAGAAUUUUUCAUUUUUUGUUUAUAAUAUUUAAGUUGUUUAAGAUUUUUGAAUCUCCUCCAGGAAUACAUAUUGUGUAAAUAACAGAACUACAUUUGUUAAAUAUUAUUAAUGUAUUACCUUGCAGAAAUUAUUUGAAUUUUUCAUGUGCAGCAUUAGUUUGGUAUAGACAGUUUUAAGUUAAUCAUUUUUUUAUUUUGUACUUUAAUAUCAUCUACUACUAUUUCUAAACAAUAAUAACAAUAUUAUAUUCUUUACA